UGUUUUUCUCUUCAUGAAGCUGACAGUGAUAAGAGAUGCUGUCCUUUCGGCUCCUCUAAAAAGGAACUAAAGUGAGAAGUUGAACUUCAAGAGAGAGAGUAAAAGGAGAAAGAAAGAGAAAAGGAAAGAAAGUAAACAACUGCAAGACAAAGGGCAGAACACGAAUUGACAUCUGGUGAUUAAGCGUCCCUCGAAGUGGAGAGUGCGAACAUAAAGGAGACGGAUAGAAGAGUAGGAAACAGAACAGGAUUAUAAAGAACAACGUGGAACGAACCCAUACGAUCACAGUAAAGUGACAUCAAGACAACACAAUAAUACAAUAGACACCUUAGAAUCGACUAUAAGAUUAAGAAGACAAAAAUGAACACUAGGAAAACCAAGAUAGAAUCAAGCCAACAGAGAAGACCUUCUUUUGGAUCUGGCAGCUCAGAACAGACAGCUUUAUUGGAGGAACUAAAAACACUUUACUACGAAAUAAAGGAAGACAUGAAGGCGAUGAAGAGAGACAUGAAUGCUAUGAGAAAAGAAAUAAAACAAGAAAUACGUCAGGAGAUAAGAGCAGAAUUAAAAGACAUCAAGGACUCUAUAGGAAAAGUGGAGGAAGAUAUAUCUCGGAUGGGGAAAAAUAUGGAUAAGUUAGAAGACAAGACGGAAAAGAUAAACAAAAAAGUCAGUGAUUUCGAAAAGAAUUAUGAGAGAGAUCUUGAUGAGAGAGCACUGCAAGAUCUAAAACAACGUGAAAACUGUAUCAAAAUUAGAGGUUUAAAGGAGAAAGACAACGAGGACCUAUAUGAAUACCUGACACCGACAUUAGCAGAAUAUGUAGGAAUUGAAUUAGACAGUUUUGAGAUUGAAAUCAGUAAGAUGUUCCGUGUUAACUCUAAAAUUGCAAAACAAAAAAGGCUCCCGAGAGACGUUGUUGUAUAUUUUACAAGGAAAAAAAUGAGAGACCAGAUCAUUCAACUAAACUAUGAACAAAGUCUAGAAAUGGAUGGGGAGGAGCUUGUUAUUUUGAAAGAUGUCCCUUUGAGAAUCUUGAGAAAACGGAAUGAGUAUAAACCAUUGGCGGAGCUACUGAGAAAUAACGACAUUCCCUACAGAUGGGAUAGGCUAGAGGGGGUGAUAUUCAGAUAUAAAUUAGAGACGUUUAGGAUCAACUCUACACUGAAAAUGAAAGACUUUUUGAGAAAAUAUAAGAAGGAAUUGGAGAAAAGAAUAGACAACGAGGAAAGGGAAAAACAGAAGGCGAAAACGGGAGAAACACCAGAUUCAGAGCCUUGCAAUGAAGAAGAAAAUAAGGAAGAAGUUAAUGAAAAAGAUCCAGAAGGAAUUCAAACCUAAAGUAAGAAAGCAAUUAAGAACGGAACUAUCAAUAAUGUAUAGUCUGAAAAUACUAACUUGGAACGUAAGGGGCCUGAACUCCCCACAAAAACGGGGAAGAGUGAACCAUUUUUUACUAAAACAAAAAAUAGAUGUGGCUUGUCUCCAAGAAACACAUAUUAAGGGAAAAGAUGUGCGACUCUUGAAAUAUAGUAAAUUAGGUAAUGAAUUCAUUUCAGUUAAUGUUAAAAGAAAAAACGGUAUAGUGAUGUAUGUCAAUAAUAAAUACAAGGCAAAAAUGAUAUUCAAAGAUGAUGAUGGGAGGUAUUUAGGGGUUGAGGUAAUAUUUCCUAGUGGACCUUGUUUGCUGGUUGGGAUAUACGCACCUCUGGAUCAUAAAGAACAGUUUUUCAAUAUGUUAAAUGAAGAACUCUGUAAAACUAACUAUGGAAAAAUCAUGAUAUUGGGAGACUGGAAUGGAGUUGUGAAUCCAGAGCUGGAUAGGAAAUCUGAUAAAAAGAUAAAAAAGACUCAAGGCAAGUUACCGAAAUCCUUUGAUAAACUCAUUGAAGAACAAGCACUUUUGGAUAUCUGGAGAUAUAAAUACCACAACUCUAGAGACUUUUUUUUUUAUUCUGACCGCCAUAGGUCUUUUUCUAGAAUAGACAUGAUGUUCGCUACAAAAGCUAUAUGUAAAGAUGUUCACAAAAUGGACAUUAAACCAAGGACCAUAUCCGAUCAUAGUCCUAUAUUGGCAGUAUUAAGAAUAGGGAAAGCGGACUUCUCCUGGAAAUUGAACUUAAACUUGCUACAGAAGGAAGAAAUAGUGGAAAGAGGAAGACAAGCCUUGAAAUAUUUCUUUGAAGAAAACUUAAAAGAAGAUAUAUCAGUAACCACGGUUUGGGACACCUCUAAAGCUUUCAUAAGAGGCUUCUUUAUACAACAGAACUCCAUAUAUAAAAGGAAAAAGAAAGAAAAGCUAACUAAUUUAUGUAAUACAUUGCACCAAAAAGAGAGGGAUCAGCAAAAUAAUCUCAAGAGUAAAGUCAUUAGAAAAGAAAUCAAUACAAUUAAAAAACAAAUUGAGAUACUAGAGAACGAAGAAAUACAGAACAAAAUAAGAUAUAUGAAACAGGCGCAUUUUGAACACGCUA